UGCGGUUCGGCAGUUGCCGGCCCUCUGAAGAUGAGCUGCACUUCGGUGCUUAGAGGGCUCCUCGGGUGCAGGAGACGGCCAUUACUAGGAUCUCUGAGCGGCGUUGGGAAAGACGUAGUUCAAGACACGACUGACAAGUCGCUGAGUCGUCCUAACAAGGGACGACCCGGCUCUCGUUUUUCGGACGGAAACGAAGUUCUAUACGCACACUCUGCUGGGCCGGGCGAGGGAGACGGUACGUACCGCUACCUCCUGGGCAUGAACUACUGGGAACAGUUCUCAAAUGCACUCAGAAACUACUUUGCGCUCGCGUGCGUCGCGGACGAGUGGCGAGCGCGGACCGUGCGGCCGUUCACUGCCCACUCCCGACUCUACGGACUGUCCAACGUGUACCUGGAUGACCACUUUAACAAAUCCGGCCCCGCGCACGAUCUGGGUCUCGUUCUGGAUCUAACCAGUAUGGACUCAGUUCUGAUGGACGCAGGUCUUCGACCGAGUGCAUCCCUCGCAGAAAUGUUAAAGUUUCGGUGACAGAGAACUCAUUUUCCUCCACUUUGUCUCGGCCGUGUCGAACAAGGAGUACGCGAUCAAAUCAAAGGAAACGUUCGCGCACAUUUGGGACGCUUUCCAAACUUCGAGUGUCGUUGACUGCUCGAUGUACCCGGAGCUGAUGAAUCUCGCCCGAUUGGUCACUUCGAAUUUGAAUUCCCAACUGGGCCAAAGUGAGUCGGCGGCUCACUUCAUUACUCGUGCGUACCUGUGCAUCAGUACCAGUCGCGGAUUUAACCCCAAGGAACUCGGGAGACAGUUUUCAUUCGACAGAGGGAACGCUUCGAUUGUCGUGGUAAAUUGGCGUGGUGUUGGUAACGGUACCACGCUGACCCACUCCAGUAAAGGAAUUCAUCCUACUAAACGAGUCGUCGUCACCGACAAAAGGUGCCUCGACAAACGAAACAACGGGAAAAUUUCAAACGUGCGGUUCAGUAGCUCCGUAUUGAAUGUG